GCAGCAUUCAACUUCAAGUUCGAGCAUUCGGAAAGACGCUUUCUAGCUUUCCUGAUAGUAACAUUGUAACAAAGUUGUGAGCAGCUGAUCGGCAACGCCAUUGCCCAGUCCUUAUGACGGUGGCCUCUUCGAAAGCAUCCGUCCAGGCUGACUUUGCAUCUACCAAGCGCAGGUCGGCUCGCUUACAAUGCCGCCGCUCAGAGACAGGCCACGCGGCCACAAGACACCCGGUUCCAGGCACUCAAGUCAAAAUGCACGUCGUGAAGAAACGUAUUUCCAGCAAAGUUGUGAUCAAAAGUGCAAAGAGGAGCAUUUCGGUCCAGGUUGAGUUAAAGCGCACCAGGGUUUCUGCUGGUUCCAAGAAGAGGCGAAACGAUGACUCUUCGAACAAGGUGAAUGCAAGUAAAGAUGCACUUGCCCAGCCUGCAACUGUGGUUAGCCCAGCCCUUCUGCCUCAGUCCUGGUACCGCAGGGAUUCCCUGGAGGUGGCGCCGGCCUUGCUGGGCAAGAUCCUGCGCAAGGACGGCAUCGAGCUGCGCAUCACCGAGGUGGAAGCAUACCGAGAAGGGGAUUCAGCCUGCCAUGCCAGAGUGGGCAUCACUCCCCGCACGGCUCCGCUGUUUGGUCCUGCUGGGCGGUGCUACGUGUACCUGUGCUAUGGGAUCCACUCCAUGCUGAACGUUGUGACCAACGAGGAGCAGCAGGGAGCGGCCGUGCUCAUCCGAUCAGCGGAACCAGUCAAAGGCUUAUCGCAAAUCCAGGCAAACCGCAAGAUGGUCUCCGACAAGCCCAUUUUGCUGACGGGGCCCGGCAAGGUGGCUGCCGCGCUUGGACUGACUGUCAACUGGACCGGGCAUCCCGUCUACGAGCCAGGGGGGCUGGAGAUCGUGGAUGGUCCACCGCCCACAUCCAUCCUGCAUGGACCACGGGUGGGUAUAGAUUACGCAGCCCCCAACGACAUUGCUGCCCUCUGGCGAUUUGCAGCCGGUGAUACGCCGUGGGUCAGUCAACGGAAGACAUUGACGACGAGUCAACUGGCAUGACCCUCCGACCCUGCAUAAAAGAUAAGAUCAUGGGGCAUUUUCUUGACUGUACUGCACGCAAGAAGUUUUGUAUUAUAAUGUAAUUGACCAAGUAUUAGCUUCUGUAAGAAUCGUUGGCAAUCGAUCCUACUCAGUUCGUACCGUCCGGUGCAUGCCAUCCUAUGCCGUGAUCGUUCUGAUCUUUGCAGUUUAUGAUCCUAUCAUCUGACCCUAUGUUUGGGCAAUAUGGCUUCUUGGCCGGCAAAAUCGAG